GAUCUGAAGCAUAUCAAAUACCUGAGUCGGAACCGUUGGAGAUGCACACGGGAGCCCCAUCAACCAUUAUUGGAAGCUCCCUCUCAGUUGAAAGGGAGGAGAUGGAGGAGGAGAGGAGCAAGCAGCACUUCGUUCUCGUCCACGGGAUCGGCCAUGGCGCGUGGUGCUGGUACAAGCUCACCGCGCUGCUGAGGUCGGCCGGGCACACCGUCACGGCGCUGGACCUUGCCGGCAGCGGCGUGCACCCGCAGCGCCUGGACGAGGUCCGCUCGUUCGGGGACUACGCCAGGCCGCUGAUGGAGGUGAUGGCGUCGAUCCCGCCGCGGGAGAAGGUGGUACUCGUCGGCCACAGCUACGGCGGCGCCUGCGUUGCGCUCGCCAUGGAGAGAUUCCCUGAGAAAGUGCUGGUCGCUGUCUUCGUCGCCGGCAUCAUGCCAAGCCCCGCCUGCUCCGUCGCCAGAAUUGCAGAAGAGUUCUUCAAAGGACAUCCACUCGAAGCCUACAUGGAUUCCACGCUCGUAGUCCGUAAAGAUCCCCUGAGCAUUUGCUCGGUCAGCUUCGGAUACAACUACUUGUCGACGAGGUUGUAUCAGCUCAGCCCGCCGGAGGACCUGACGCUGGCGACCAUGCUGGUGAGACCGGCGAGCUGCUUCCUCGACGACGCGAACGAGAUGAUGCAGCUCACGGAGGAGAGGUUCGGGUCGGUGAGACGGGUGUUCAUCGUGUGCAAGGAGGACAAGUCCACGAGCGAGGCCUUCCAGCUGUGGAUGAUCCAGCGCAGCCCGGGGGCGGAGGUGAUGGAGAUCGAAGCCGCCGAUCACAUGGUGAUGCUGUCGAGGCCCCGCGAGCUCUUCAGGCUCCUCGUGGAGAUCGCCGUCGAGCAUGGAUCGAGAACUUCCUCCCAUGAUUUGCCUCGACCACGUGGUGGGGGCCGCCUGAGGUAAGCUUGGCAUUGCAAACCCCCAAUCCGUUCGGCGAAAGCUCUGAUUGAACACCCAAAGUUCGAUGCGACAUGAACAUUGUCUUCUUCUCGAUCUCAUCAAUUCUUGGAUUACCCCCACGCAUUCUGGUGUACUCAUUUGUGGAAUGCAUCCGAGGCAUACAUCAUUGUU